GCAGACAUAUUGCACCUUUCACUAUCAGGUCGAGAACUUUGAUCUUGACCACUACCACCACCUCACCCUUCAAACACUAUUCAUCAGACGCCAUGCAUGGCGUGCGACGCGUUCGAGAAAGUCUCAAGGUUCAAGAGGAGAAGAAGCAGAAGGAAAAAGCAAAGCUGGCGGCUUAUCUAGCCCUCACCGAUAAAGUUCUUUCCAAAAAAAAGAGCAACGACUGGAGUGGAGAGGCUUUCGAACUGACUUCGCGUCUUCUGAACAUCAAUCCCGAGUUUUACACUAUUUGGAACUACCGCCGAAACAUCCUUACUCGAGGCAUAUUUCCUUCAAGUUCGCCUGCGGAAAUCAAUGGAAUUCUGUCAAAUGACCUAGACAUGACGACAACGGCUCUCAAGGCACACCCCAAAGUCUAUUGGAUUUGGAAUCACAGACGAUGGUGCCUCGAGAACAUUCCAGAUGGUGGUGACAAUAACGAUGAGCAUGGGUGGAGGAAGGCAAGCUGGGAGAGAGAAUUGUUCAUCGUGGAGAAGAUGUUGGAUGCGGAUGCUCGAAACUUCCUUGCAUGGGGCUACCGACGCUACGUUCUUGCGAGCAUGCCCGUUCGAAGACCAGAGAUCGUCGAGCUUGCGUCAACCACUCGCAAGAUCGAAGCUAAUUUCUCAAACUUUAGCGCAUGGCACCAGAGAACCAAAGUUCUCGCGUCCCUAUGGGAUAGUGGCAAGCUUGAUAAACAUUCGUCCCUCCAGCAAGAAUUUGAUUUGGUUCAAAACGCCAUGUAUACAGACCCAAACGAUCAGAGCGUCUGGCUCUAUCACCGCUGGCUUAUCGGCACAGGUAGACUUGUCCCCUGUUGUCCCUCGCAUCAUACGAGGGCGUCAUUUGAUACUCUUAUCGUAAAUGUGAGUACCUGCGUUUGGUUCCUGCGUCAUCAUUAUACAAUGGCCUCUUUAGGGUGCAUGGACACGCUCGUCUAUUACAAGCAACUUCUAUUGCGCAAGCAUCCUACCCACAUCGGGUCAUUAGAGGCAAAGGCCCUUGUUCAACAAUGCAUCGAUCUUCUGCAGCAAUUGGAAUCAGUCGACCCUUCUCGACGUCAAAGGUAUCGGGCGCUUGGUCAGUUCCAUUUGCUGCUAUCUACUUCCGAUCCAGCACUAACGAACGACUACCAGCCGCCGAGCUAA